CUCAUCAUCCAUGGCCCGCCCAAAGACGAGUGCUGGCUGAACGUGUGGCUCCUAGACGAUUCCACAGCCGUUCCGAGCCAUCCCCGCGGGCCGCCGAGACUUCGAAGCCGGUGCAGCUCUGCGCAAUCAUGCGGGCAGGAGCAGGAACGAGUAGUACUAACACCUCCCGUCAAUCACUGUCAGUAACUAAUCGCUGAUCCCUUCCAGGCUAAGUCACCUCGCACUGUCUCCCAAGCCAAAGCCACAGCAAUACUUAAACGCCGCAAAAAGAGAAGGGGAAGCAGGCACACGGCUCCAGCGGUCCAGCCAGCCAAAAGCGAGCGAGCGAGCGAGCCACCCACACCGUCCAUUAUUACACCCAAAAGCAGCUACCAAAGCGCUACUGCUCCUUGCCGCCGAGGCCGAGCUGAUAGCAACAAACAAUCAUGGGUGCACCGCGCGCACGGCGCUGGAAGCUUCUGCCCUUCCACUCCAAGGCCAAGCCGCCGCCGCCGCCGCUGCCGGUCCCUGCAGCUCUGUUGGGGAAAGAACAGGAGGAGGAGGAGUUGCCGCGGGAGUUCCUGUGCCCGAUCCUGGGCGCGCCCAUGGCCGACCCGGUGAUCCUGCCGUCCGGGCGGACGUACGAGCGCGCCUGCGUCCAGGCCUGCGCGGAGCUCUCUCUCUGUCCGCCCGGCGAGGACGCGCCCGGUGCCGGUGGGGCUGGGGUCGCCAUACCCAACGACGCGCUCAGGGCGGCCAUCCGGACAUGGCGCACGCGCUCUGGCCGCGCGCCGCCUGCGGCACCUUCUGCCGCGGCAGCGCGGGAAGCCGUGGUCCGCGCCGUGCCAACGCCGCGACCACAGCCAGGGAGGUCGUCUUCUAACCUGUCCUGCUCCUCCAGGGCGUCCGCCGCAUCAACGUCCUCCUCCUCGUCCCGGUCGUCGUCCGAGAUAACUACGCUGGAGCUGGAGAUGUCACGCGCGAAGGAGGCGGCGAAAGAAGCCACGGCGGAGGAGCUGGAAGUGGGCCGGCUGGCGGCGAAGGCCGUGGAGGACGGGGACGAGUGGGAGGUGGAGGCAGCCAUGGCGGCGCUGCGGCAGGCGACGCGGGAGAGCGCGUCCAGGCGACGCGCGCUCUGCGUGCUGCCGCGGCUGCUCGCCGCGCUCCGCCGCGUGCUGCUCUCGGCGCGCACCUCCCCCGCGGCGCGCGCCGACGCCGCUGCCGUUCUGGCCAACCUCUCCCUGGAACCCGAGAACCGGGUGCCCAUCGUCCGCGCGGGCGCCGUUCCUGCGCUCAUCGAGGUGGUGGCCGGCUCGGGCGCCCCGGAGGCGUGCGAGCACGCGGCCGGCGCGCUCUUCGGCCUCGCGCUCCACGAGGGCAACCGCGCCGCCAUCGGCGUGCUCGGUGCCGUGCCGCCUCUCCUCGCGGUCCUCGUCACCCGCGACAGCCACUGCCCGCGCGCGCGCCGGGACGCCGGGAUGGCGCUGUACCACCUCUCCCUCGCGGCCGUCAACCAGUCGAAGCUCGCGCGCGCGCCGGGCGCCGGCAAGAGCCUGCUCUCCGUGGCCUCCGAUCCCACGGAACCCCUGCCGAUCCGGAGGCUGGCGCUCAUGGUGACCUGCAACGUCGCGGCCUGCCCCGAGGGCCGGACGGCGCUCAUGGAUGCCGGCGCCGUGGCGAAGUUCUCCGCCAUCCUGUCCGACGACGCGCGCGGAUCAUCCGAGCUCCAGGAAUGGUGCGUGGCCGCGUUGUACGACAUGAGCAGGGGCAGCCCGCGGUUCCGAGGGCUCGCCAGAGCCGCCGGCGCAGACCGGCCGCUAAUCCUCAUCGCAGAGCAGGCGCAGGCCGGCGUGCACAAGGACAUGGCGCGGAAGGCGCUGCGCGCAAUGCUGGGCUUGGAAGACAUCAACGGCGGAGGCCUUCAUGACUUCACCAGCAGCGGACGCAACGAUGACGACGACGAAAGCGGCACCGUGGCGUCCUCCGUGCCGGCUCGCCGCCGGCGCGCCGCGAGCUGGGGAGCUGCUCCUGCCACGAGGCUACCAAAUCCGCAUCACUGGCGAUCAGUAUGCAUCGACUGAUUUACGUUCUUGAGCUAGAUACAUGUUGUGGCUGGUGUUGCUGGUUCAGUGAACUUCUUGCAGUGCUUCUUUCUACCUGCUUGCAUGGUGUGUCAUUUUCGAUGGAUGGUGAAACUAUAAAGACAGUAGUGCAGUUGGAAUCUGGUGCAUAUGCAUGUGUGUACGUGUGUUUGUACUCUACUUUGUUCUUGUUACGCUAGCUAGCCAAGUGUAUAUAUGUGCCAAUGCUCUGUUGGUUAUUGCUUGCAAGUUAGAGCAUGACUCUUCUCUGCAUAAUUGCAUUCGUUCAGCCAUCUGGCAAUGGAAUGUGAAAGAUUCAGGAACGGUUUCAGACUAAACACUCUGAUAACAUACUGUCAAAGCUUAUUUAGGUUGGUGUGAGGUCUAUAAGUCAAGUUUGGUGAGUUGAAUUGUACUUCAAUGGGACUGUAUCAUUUAAAGCUUGCUUUUCUGCUGAGAA